GCGCAGUUCACCCGGUGUAUGUAUAUCUCUAUUGAUUGUGUGGAUGUAUGAUAUGCAUGGUGGAUGAUUGUGGCUAUAGUUUAUUUGAUUAUAAUACGGCUUGCGUGUCGUGCCUUAUCUCUUAAACUCUUGUUGUAAAUCUAUUUCUCUCUCUUACCUCAACCGAGGAUUCUUUUCUCACGUGGUGAUGGCAAACAACAACAACCCUUUCAACCUGCGAUAUGUUCUAGAAAAGGAAAAAUUAUCUGGAACUAACUUUCCUGAUUGGGAGAUGAAUCUUAAGAUUGUUCUCGAAUGCGAGAAAAAGCUUUACGUCCUAACAUCUGAGCCUCCCAAAGCUCCUGAAGCAAACGCCCUUGCUGCAAAAAUUACUUCAUACCGGAAUAAGCUAGCAACGGGUAAUCUAGUUGGUCCCCACGUUCUCAAGAUGAUCGGUCAGAUCGAAACUCUUGAAAAACUGGAUGCCCCGUUGCACCCUAUGCUGGCAGCUGAUCUCAUCUUGGGAUCAUUACCAGCUGAGUAUAGUCAAACUGUAGUGAACUUCUACAUGAACAAACUAGAGAUGACUAUGCCUGAGCUACUCAAAUUCCUCACAACUGCUGAGCAGAGUCUAGGGAAGGGCAAGGGUAAGUCUGUCUUGAUGGUAGAGGGCAGUAUUGUUGCGAAGAAGAGUGGGCCACAUUCGCCGGCCGGGACCAAGCGCAAGGGUUCUAAGAAACCCAAUCCAGCAUCCAACUCCUCUUCGUUGAAACCCAAAGAAGGAGCUAAGAAGAAGUCUGUUGUAUGCUAUUAUUGUGGCAAAAAGGGCCACUGGAGGCGCAACUGCGCAAAAUUACUGGCAGAGAGGAAAAAGGGAAAGAAACCUCAAACCUCAGGCAAAAGUAUUAAGACCCUCCGCUCGGAUCGAGGAGGUGAAUACUUAAGCCUGGAGUUCGAUGACUAUCUGAAAGAGCAUGGGAUCUUAUCCCAACACACUCCUCCGGGGACACCUCAGUUAAAUGGAGUGUCUGAGAGGAGAAAUCGGACUUUGCUAGACAUGGUCCGGAGCAUGAUUAGCCUGACAACAUUGCCAGAAUCGUUUUGGGGAUAUGCAUUGAAAACAGCAGCACACACACUCAACAGAGUUCCAUCUAAAGCUGUCAAGAGCACACCAUACGAACUAUGGCAUGGGAGAAAACCAAGUUUCUCGUACUUUAAGAUUUGGGGCUGUGAAGCUUAUGUAAAACGUCUCUUGACGUCUAGUAAGUUGGAGCCUAAAUCUGAUAAAGUAAUUUUUGUGGGAUACCCCAAGGAAACAAGAGGGUAUGAGUUCUAUCAUCCAUCCGAUAACAAAAUUUUCGUUGCUCGGAAUGGAACCUUCCUUGAGAAGGAGUUUCUUUCUGCUAUCACUAGUGGGAGAAAGUCUGCCAAAGUUUGUAAGCUGCAACAUUCAAUCUACGGAUUGAAACAAGCAUCUCGGAGUUGGUACAUACGCUUCGACGAAUCCAUUUCCAGUUUUGGUUUUGAGAAGAACUCUGACGAAUCUUGUGUAUACAAGAAGGUCAGUGGGAGUGUAAUAGUAUUCCUAAUCUUAUAUGUCAAUGACAUAUUGUUAAUGGGUAACGAUAUUCCCGCUCUCACUUCUGUAAAGACGUGGUUGAGCGAGAACUUCUCCAUGAAAGACUUAGGGGAUGCUAGUUAUGUCCUUGGCAUAACAAUCUACCGAGCUAGAUAGAUCAAGAAAGUUAAUAGGUCUGAAUCAAAGUACAUAUAUAGAUAAAAUCCUUGAUCGAUUUAGCAUGUCUAACUCAAAGAAAGGAUUUUUACCUAU